GAAAGAAGCUCCACGAACUCCUCAAGGAGAAGGGUGACUUCAAGCUUCUUGAAAUGGCUGUGAAAAAGGUUCACCGCAAGAUGUUUGGCCAAACCAAAAGCGGCGGAUGGUACACAAAGCAUGCUUUGGCGAACCAGUACCACUGGACGAGGCAUAUGAUUGCUGCUGCCUGGCAAUGGGCGAGUGCUAACGGAAACUUGCGGGUCAACGAAGUGCACAAAGAGGAGGAGGCUCGUUUGGUUCUUUCAGACAACUUCGAGUUGCUUGACGAAUGCGGUCAAGAAAUCGCGAUGACCGGCAAUAUCGAGAUGGAGGCCCAGGGUUUGGGUGCUGGCUGUACUAGCAGCUACAACUACUUUCCAGCCUCUACUAUGUGA